AUGGCUGGCAAACAAUCCCAAACUGCCAAACGUGCUAACAAGCAGAAUGGCCAACGAGGCAUCUCCUCUGAGGUCUUUCAGGACUCUCACGCUAGAAAUCAGUUGAUAAGCGCACCUAAGUUAACUGAAAAGUCGAAGACCAAGAAACCUAGUAAACUUAAAGUAGGCAAAGAGCAAGCUCUUGCAAGACUUUAUGGUUCUAAGAACAACAAAAAGAAGACUUACUCAGAAAAGGAAUUAAAUCUACCGACUUUGAACCGUGCUAUCGUUCCUGGGGUAAAGAUAAAGCGAGGCAAGAAAGGCAAAAAGUUUGUAGGUGACCACGAUUCAUUACUUUACAAUAGGUUAAUAAGCACGAUCGGCGAUAAAGAUGAAGAGCUGACCGAGAGUAAACUGGAGAAGGCCCGCAGGCUCGAAGAUAUCAGGGAGUUGAAAAGACAAGAAAUCGAAAGAAAAGAAGAGGCUAAGAAGGACAAGCUGGACAGUAAAAAAGGCGAACUCAAGAAGAAAGCAUCCGUCGCCAGAACGCUACGUAGAAAGACUAAGAGAGAUCAAGAACUUGGAGGGGAACAAGUAGCAAGCAAGGAUGAAAUCAGAAGGCCAAAGAAAUCUGUCAGCUUUGCAUAA